AUUCAGUUCCACGACGACAGACGGCGGCGUCAGUCGUCACUACUCACUACUGUCCACGAUUGUUGGGCCAUUAUUUCGCAGAGAGUAACCGUGUCAGCCGUGAUUAUCUUUCCAUUUUAAUUUCAAUCAGUGCGGAUUUUCGUUCGAUAAUAAGUACGAACGCUUCCACGAUGCUUCGUGUCGCAAAAAUCCUCUCGUCGUCUUCCAGAAAUCUCAAUAAGGCCGUCGAGACGCCCUUAGGAUCCCGCGUCACGUCCAGAUGUCUGGCUACUCAAGCGGCAGUGAAAGUCAAGGAGGAAACGCCGAACCGAGAAAAUGUCGCCGCCAAGGAAUCUCAAUCUUUCACCAUGAAUAUCUUCCGUGGCCAGUUGCAGCUGAGCCAAGUGUGUCCCUUCCCGGAGCCUAUGACCCAGGAGCAAACUGACACGUUAAAAAUGCUCGUUGAUCCCGUAGAAAAGUUCUACGAGGAGGUAAACGAUGCGGCUAAGAACGAUCAGAACGCGUACGUGGAUGAGAAAAUAGCAGCCGCUCUCUGGGAUUUGGGAGGAUUCGGUUUGCAAGUGCCCACCGAAUUUGGCGGGUUGGGAUUGACGAAUACUCAGUACGCUCGAAUCGUCGAGAUUUGUGGCUAUCACGAUUUGGGCCUCGCUAUCACUCUGGGCGCGCAUCAGAGCAUAGGGUUCAAGGGUAUACUUCUGUACGGCACGCCGGAACAGAAGGCCAAGUACCUGCCCCAAGUUACCAGUGGCAAAUACGCCGCUUUCUGCCUGACGGAACCGAGUUCCGGUUCCGACGCCGGCUCGAUACGCUCGCGCGCUAUUAAAUCCGACGAUGGGUCGCACUACGUUCUCAAUGGCAGCAAGAUCUGGAUAUCCAACGGCGGCAUUGCCGACGUCAUGACCGUGUUCGCUCAAAUGCCUAUCAAGGAUCCGAAGACGGGCGAGACGAAGGACAAGGUGACUGCUUUCAUCGUUGAGAGGGAAUUCGGUGGUGUCACCAGUGGACCGCCCGAAAAGAAGAUGGGCAUCAAGUGCAGCAACACGGCGGCGAUCUUCUUCGAGGAUGUUAAGAUCCCGGCGGAGAAUCUUCUCGGCAAGGAGGGUGAAGGUUUUAAGGUCGCAAUGAACAUUCUGAACAAUGGUAGAUUCGGCAUGUCUGCGGCUCUUUCCGGCACCAUGCGUUACUGCAUCACCAAGGCUGUGAAUCAUGCGACGCAACGCGUGCAGUUUGGUCGCACGUUGGACAAUUACGGCACAAUACAAGAAAAAUUGGGACGCAUGUCUAUGCUGCAUUAUGUCACCGAGUCCCUCGCAUACAUGAUCUCUGGUAACAUGGACAGCGGAAGCCAAGACUAUCAUCUGGAAGCGGCUAUUUCGAAAUGUUUCGGGUCCGAGUCCGCGUGGUGGGUGUGCAAUGAAGCUAUUCAAACCUUAGGAGGAAUGGGUUUCAUGACGGAAACCGGUCUAGAACGUGUGAUGCGCGAUUUGCGUAUAUUCCCAAUCUUUGAGGGGACAAACGACAUUUUGCGUUUGUUUGUGUCUCUCACCGGUAUCCAAUACGCCGGAAGUCACUUGAAGGAGCUACAGAAGGCGUUCCAGAAUCCUACCGCGAAUUUAGGAUUGAUUGUUGAGGAAGCCGCUAAGCGAGCUACCAGAGCAAUCGGCUUGAAAUCGCCGCCUACCUUUGGAAAUUUGGUACAUCCGAAAUUGACGGAAAGUGCCGCGCUUUGCUCGAAGAGCGUGGAGAACUUUGGCCAAGUUAUAGAGUCCUGUCUUAUUAAAUACGGACGAGGCAUUGUAGAUGAGCAAUUUAUCCUC